GGAAAUGCCACUCAACGGAGGCCCACCAUCUUGGGCUAGGACCGCUCGAAGGCGUCGUCGAAGCAUGCAGCGGCUGCCGGCGAUGCCGGCGACCUUGCCUGCGUUGUGGGCGAUGGCCUCUCUGGGUUGCUUCCCGAGGCCUCUCGGGAGGCUGUUCCUGCAGGCUGUGCCCGAGUCGCCUGGGCACGGCGUUCUGCCGCCGUGCGGCGGGUGGCGCUCCGGGCGGGGCGCGGCCGACGCCGAACUCCACGGCGGCGGGGCAGGGCGCAGUCUGACGGAGCGAGAGGGAGACGGCGGGCGCGGGACCGCCGAGCACCGGCUCGUAGCCCCGCCGAGGGACAUCUGAGCCUGAGCCAACGCUUGAUAAGAGAGGAGCGAG